AUGACUACCAUGUCUGACCGUGUCACUCUGUGUCUACCAACAAGCAACAUACAAACACGCUCUGUUCGAAGCCAAUCGUUUAACCCCCCUCCCACGCUUGGAUGUCAUCGCUCAAGAAGAACACUUAGUCUUCCGGCACGAGAGAAGCCGAUCAUUCCUCCGGCGAUCACGGAAAGUUCCGAAUGCGCUCCGUUGGUUCACGACCAGAAUUCCGAGGAAAUGCAGAGGCAUUUACAAGGAGAAGGUUGCGAUAUUGGUAAUGUCAUGCUCGAGUCUAUGUUCCCCCUUCUCGCUCCUUUUUUUACCAGAUAUACACCUCCCUUGUUUCCCUAGACUAUCUAUAUCAGCUUUAUAAUGAGACUUUUUAUCAGGGUCACCGAAGGAGAAUAUAGUUCAAAACCACUUAAACACUUAAACAUAGCAUUGUUAAACGUAUUUUAGUAUUUAAACGGUAGAUAUAGGCAUAUUUUUAUCCCCUAAAAAUUUUUCAUCUCUUCUGAUUUUCUAGCUGAAAAACUAUAGGUAUUAAAACUGACCUUUUCGAAAAUUUCAGCCAGAAAAAAGGCUCCUGAAAAUUCUAGGUGACCUUUUUAGGGAAAAAAUCUGUUAAAAAUGAGCAAUUAUACCAUUUUUAGCUAUUUUUAGAAGGUUCGAGAAUCCUAGGAGAGGUAGGUAAGCAAGAAAUUUAACAACAAAUGUUCCGAAAAUUCUAGAUCUCAAAUCGCCUUCCGAACAGAUAUUUUCCAAAAAUUGUCGUUGGGUGACCCCUGAUGUUCCCCCUCCUCGCUCCAUUUUUUACCAGAUAUAUACCUCCCUUCUUUCCCUGGACUAUCUACUUUCCCUGAUCUGUAUCAGCUUUAUAACGGGACUUUUUAUUGUCAGUGUCGUAAUUAAAAUAACCGGCGCACAGGGCUUUAGGGGCUAGUCAGGAGUAUAUUACUGCUUUAGGUCAAAUCUGUACUGAAAUCACUACUUACUGAGUUUACCUAGACAGAAAAGCUCCUGUAACGUUACGAGGAGGAUAUCUAACAAAUUGAAAUUUCAUUAGCUCUAACCAUGAUUUCCGUCCUUGCCAUCCUUUACAAGAGACGACAGAAAAAAGUUUCAAUCCCGCCCUAAAUAUAGUCGUUCAUAACAAAAUUGGACCAUUAUUUUUGGAAUUCAAUUGAUGCGAAAAAAAAGUCUGCACUUUUCGAAAAGGUAGCAAAUGGCUGGAAGUAGACUGUUUUGUAACAUUUCAUAUUACAUAAGCCCCUGCAGUAUUGUUUGGCAAUGCAUUGUUUCUUCUAAGCCUAAUCAGCGUGCAUUGUAUAAUAGCAUUGUUUGUAUGCCCAUGGGCGAAAUGUUCUUAGCAUAUACUGUAUAUACAUACUCGAGUAGGGAAUAAUAAUGUAUCCAUUCGGAGUGUACACUUAGCUUCAAGUACACAAGACAUGUAGUUUAGUCGGUAGAACGCUAGGCAGCAGAGAUAGGUCGUGGAUUAUUUCCCCAGACCGGAAGCGCACUCAGAAGAAAAGAAGGUACUGUACUACUAAUUCCAUGCAAACGUCUGUCUUCGCUUGGCUCGCAUGACUAAGUAGAUAUAGCGGUCCCGUCUGUAGUAAGAAACGAAAAAACCAAUGUCCUUGAUAAAUAUAGUCGUGUUAGACCCCGUUUACAUGGAGUGGGGGACCCCGGUCUAGUGGGGUAAGUUUCUUUUGUUUUGUGUCCCCCAGAGCGUGAAAACAAAAGAAACCAACCCUACUAGACCGUAGGGUCGAUUACCAGCCGCUGUUCGGGAAAAUGAGCCAGCACUCAUCCCCCGAAAGAGCUCUUCGGGGAGGAUCAAAGACCGGACCCGGGAGACGGCGGAAAUCGAGCCUAACUAGACCGGGGUCCCCCACUCCAUGUAAGCAGGCCCUUAAUUACAAGUAGGUUUUAUUUCCACUUUUUCUUCCAGGUUGGUUCGCCCCUAUACUCGGUUUGCUGUUGAGCCUAUUGUUGUUUGCUUGGGCGUGUCUACUCUCACUCACGGAGGAAGAACAAAAAGCCUUAUUCUCAUAA